CGUAAUCUAAGGCGAUAGUUUACCAUUCAAAGCCUCUCGUGUCGCAUCAUAAAAUAUAGGAGAUAGGUAGGUAGGUACCUUUCAUGCCAGCAGCAUGCUUACUUGUGGAGCUGAUCCAUCUCUACCCUCUGUCCCCCGUUCUAAGGGUUGUCUUACUUGCGUAUCUCGCAAGACGCGUUGCGAUGGAAGACGUCCAACUUGCAGAAAUUGCGAGGAGAGAAAACAGGUUUGUCGGGGAUAUCGGAGACGGGAUAUCGUGUUUCUAAGUGAUGGAUGGCGAGCUCCAGGGGUCGCGGCCUCGGAACGAAAAAAGAAACUGCCAGCCAGGACAGAGGAAUAUGAACCCCUAGAGUCAGGGACCUAUUCUCCUGGGGUUCUCAUACCGCAUUCAGAUUUUUGUCCCCAAAAAGGUCCUAACGUAGACCGACGGCAAUUAUAUAUUGCCUUUUUCCUCUCCGAGUUUGGACCGGCUGUCCUGAGUGGCCCUCAUCUAAUAUUCGAUCUGUUUUACUAUUAUGCUUCAAUUCCUAUUACUCAGACUUAUACAGAUACGAUACACUACUUGUCACCAAGCUGGCCCGUAGUGCUUGCCGUCCACGCACUUGCUGAAGCUCGAUUCGGAAGAGCCAACGCCGAUCUAAUAUCGACACAGCAAAGCGUCAAAAUAUAUGGCAUGGCUUUGAGGUCUAUGUCAGCCAAGCUCACAGAGUUACAUGAUGCAGAUUCGGGCUUUCGAAACCUCUCAGAGGGCGAUUGGCAGCAUCUAGUCUUCUUCUGUAUUGUGAUGGCAUGUUGGGAACUAGAAAUGUUUCCAACUUCGAAGAUGUGGCAAAAUCAUAUCCGCGGACUGGCCGCCGCUAUUAUGUCUAGAGGUACUGAGCACGCCUACUCGGAUAAUAACCUGAGGCUGUUGGCGGCUUCACGCUUGUUCAUAAUUUUGCAAACACUUUCAUGGAGACGGCCAACCUUUCUUUCUGACUCUUCACGACACGGCCAGGCCCCUAUCCACUCUGAAUUUACGUUAGAAAUAAGAGCAGCGCAGCACGAACUCAAGUAUCCGAUCGCGACCUUGGAAAAUAACCUCCAAUCACUGGAUCACCUAAUAAUGGACGUCUCUUCGACAGCUGCCGUUGCCUCCAAAUAUGACCAAUUACUUGCGAAUAUGUCCGGGGUGGCUUUUUACAGCGACAGCGACAGCGGAAAGACUCUAAUUAAUCUGUAUAACGAAGCCGAAACAUUAUUAUUCCGAAUUGAGAUGCAGCUUGCGUGUUGGGACACGGCCAUCUGCGAAACCCCACUGGCAGUCUGGCUUUCGAACCACCAAAACGCGAGUGCUGGGUUUUGGUCUACAGUGGGGUUGGAUCUCCGAUACGUCGUCGACACCGUUCUUUCGUUUCGUUCGAUGAGGGAAUACCAGAUCUUUACCCUCCAAUGUACGGCCGCUAUGUUUCUUCGGCUUCUUAUCAGCGACAUGCUGGCCCUGACGCUCACUACGGGGCUACAUGCAACAUUUGUUAAUCCAUACGGUAAUAUUGAACGACAUCGAGUCAAGCUUAUGGGCUAUGCGCAGAGGAUACUUCGAACUAUCGGCUAUGGCGUGCUCAAAGAGAGCAGAUUGGCAGCUCCCUUCUUCCUGGCAACUGCUUUCCAAAUGGCGACUGUAAUUACGGAAAGGGAAUGCGAGAUCCUUAAAGCGCAAAACGGUGAUAGAGGUCUGAUAAAGAGGUGCGAAGAUAUGAGAUGUCUGGCUAUAUAUUAUAUGAACUGGGCUACGCGGGAUAAAAUCUCAAUUAAGAUGGACGUGAGCCCUCCUUAUUAACAGAUACAUGAGUUCACGGCUUAUGGAGAAAGGCCUCCUUAAACUGGGCUGAGUACGUCGUCUGGCUUAUUGGAAGUUUGGGUGCUCACUCUACGAGAAUAAAUACUCGCUAAAUAGAUGGCUAG